CUUGGUACGGAUGUCAAUGUGUAAAGAUGAAACUUUUAGUUAUUUGCGUGUUGUUGGGUUGGCUGGGCACCUCAUGUGCGGAUGUCGGGCCAACGUUGGAGUUAUUGAAACGAGCUUACUGUGCGUGUGUUUGUUGCGAGGAAGAGGGGGCGUGUUAUAAAGAUUCUUCUAUCCCAGCUGAAUACGAAUGCGAAAGCAACUCGUGUACCGAAGAGUUUUGCGUCAAAUGGGGGCAAGCGAGGUGUAAAACAAGUUGUUUUUGCGCUAAAUGCAAAUCAUCGCUUCAUCCAUCCGACAACCGAUGUAUCAACUACGACUCAAUAUUGCAAGGAUGUAGUUGUCCCUCACCUGAAGUUAUAUCAUGUCCGGAUCCUGGUAUCGCACCCGGGGAAAUCCCUGAACCAAAAGAAAUAAAAGAAGCGAAGAAAGUUCUCAAAUCCUUAAAAGAGAACGCUCAUUGUAUCGUUCCUUGUUUCUGCAGCAAAUGCAAAGACAGCAUCCCUCCGCAUUUCCAACAGAAAUGCUCCUCAACCGGCCUCCCGGGUCCAGAGUGCGAUUGUAAAAACACUACGUGCCCAACUGCAGAAGAAAUAAAAAGAUUUGAACAGAUGGCAGAAGAGGCCAGCAACGUUGACUUGGACGAAGAGAUGAAGAAGUUGGACGAAAUGAAAAAAGAGGCGGCGCAGAUGCAAAAGGAAACCGAUGAAAUAAAUGAAAAACUUAAGGACGAAAUAGCUGCGGGGACAACGAAGGCUAUUUCACCAGCUCAGUUGAAAACAACAAAGUGUAAUUUACAAUGUAUUUGCGACAAAUGUCGCAGCGGAUCCGUAUCGUUAGCGGAGAAUUGCAUGAAGAUCGUUCCCCAUAAAAUCGACAUGUGUCCGCCCUGCCCGGAUGAUAUAAAAUGUCCUGCUGUUGAUAACGAGGCCUCGUGUAAGAUGCAUUGUUUCUGCAUACAUUGCAAAGACGACGACCGAAUGCCUGACCGCUUACGUAAAGAAUGCGACCGAGUGAUGCGUCAUAGUAGUGACGUGUGCACAGAAUGUCCCGAUGACGUAGACUGCUCCACACUCGACCAGCUGGUGGCGCCAGAGUCAUCAGGCGAAACACACAAGGAACCGAAAGUGGGGAAGAUCAAAGAGAAACAUCGAAUGUGGGACGAACUGUAGAUUAUACCAUUAGUGAGAUGCAGUUGGAUGUCAUUGUUGCAUCUGUGGCACGAUUGCUGUAAAAAAGUCGCUUCAAUUUUCCUUGUCAGAACUUCUUCCUCAGCAGAAACAUUACUUGGCUGUUUAAUAAUUGGCUAGUUUACUUUCGUAAUAAAACAUCACAAAACACAGAGCGUGUUUUCACCAAG